AUGGCCGCGGGCGGCUCGGGCAGUAACAGCGGCGGCGGAGGCGGCGCGGAGGAGAAGAGCUACCGCCGCUUCCUCGAGCUGUUCUUGGGAGAGUUCCGCGGGCCCUUCGGGGCAGAGCCGGCGGCGCCGGUGCCUUCCCCCCCCACGCCGCCUCCCGCUGCCGACGCCGCGGCCGCCGAGGAGCCCGGGGCCGAGGGAGAGGAGGCGGCGGCGGCGGCGGGCGCCGAGGCAGAGGCAGAGGAGGGAGACACCGGCGACCCUCAGGCGCUCGCCCCGCCGCUGCCGCCUCCCCCGCCGCUGCCCCCGCUGCCCCGGCCGCUCUCGGAGUACAUCACGGAGGAGGAGGUGGAGGGCGAGUGCCUGGACCUCUGCCUGCAGCAGCUGUACAAGUACAACUGCCCUUCGUUUCUGGCUGCUGCCUUGGCUAGAGCAACUUCAGAUGAAGUCCUUCAGAGUGAUCUUUCAGCACACUACUUACCAAAGCAUGUGGACAAUGCCGAUGGGAUCAUACAGAUUGAGACAGUGAAGCUAGCCCGCUUAGUUUUUAGCAAACUCCAUGAGAUCUGCAGCAACUGGGUGAAAGACUUUCCACUCCAGCCGAAGCCCCACCGCUACUACGAGACAUCCAUCCAUGCCAUCAAGAACAUGCGCAGGAAAAUGGAAGACAAGCACGUCUGCAUUCCAGACUUCAACAUGCUCUUCAACCUUGAGGACCAAGAAGAGCAAGCUUAUUUUGCAGUGUUUGAUGGUCACGGGGGAGUGGAUGCUGCCAUCUAUGCCUCCAUCCACCUCCAUGUGAACAUGGUCCAUCAGGAGAUGUUUCAGCAUGACCCGGCAGAGGCGCUGUGCCGAGCUUUCCGUGUGACCGAUGAACGUUUUGUCCAGAAGGCAGCCAGAGAGAGUUUGCGUUGUGGAACCACUGGGGUGGUGACUUUCAUCCGAGGAAAUAUGUUGCAUGUGGCUUGGCUUGGAGACUCCCAGGUUAUGCUUGUGAGGAGAGGCCAAGCUGUGGAACUGAUGAAACCCCACAAACCAGAUCGAGAGGAUGAGAAGAAACGCAUUGAGGCCCUUGGUGGCUGUGUGGUCUGGUUUGGAGCCUGGAGGGUGAAUGGGAGCCUGUCAGUCUCCAGAGCUAUUGGGGACGCUGAGCACAAGCCAUAUAUCUGUGGGGAUGCAGACUCUGCCUCCACUGUACUAGAUGGCUCUGAAGACUACCUCAUUUUAGCCUGCGAUGGCUUCUAUGACACAGUCAAUCCCGAUGAGGCAGUCAAAGUGGUGGCUGACCAUCUAAAGGAGAAUAAUGGUGACAGCAGCAUGGUAGCACAUAAAUUAGUGGCAUCUGCUCGCGAUGCCGGUUCCAGCGACAACAUUACUGUCAUUGUGGUAUUUCUCAGGGACAUGAAUGCAGCAGUCAGCGUUAGUGAGGAGUCGGACUGGACAGAGAACUCUUUUCAAGGUGGGCAAGAAGACAGUGGGGAAGAUAAGGAAAACCAUGGAGACUGCAAACGACCGUGGCCCCAGCACCAGUGCUCAGCACCUGCAGACCUAGGGUAUGAUGGACGAGUGGAUUCCUUCACUGAUAGAACUAGCUUAAGCAUAGGGUUCAGCAUUAACCCAUUUGAUGAUCAAGGCUAUUUAGACCUGACAAAAACAGAAACUAGUACACCUAAGAGUGCCAAAUAUCUGCCACCAAUUCAAGUGUUUAGUCCUGGUAUACCAAAGAAUGCGAAUUUGAUGCAUGGUUUAACAGAGAAUGAAUCACCAGAGAGCACCGCAUCAUCAGUUUGUGGACAGAGCGAUCCCAGGGAGUCCAAUGCUCCUCUUAGUUUGCGUGCUGCAGGGCAGAGCAUCUACAGGGGGAAGGGUUUGUCUCCGAUCUUCUUUGGGCUGGAAGAUGAACUGUUCAGAUCCUUGGGAAAACGAGUUGCGUCCUUUCAUUUCCGGUUCUGUAACGGGAAGAGGCGACGAGGAGCCAGGCUCAAACCAAAGUUUCACAUGCCCCUCUUGGCUCGUGAGCCUUCCCACAGAGAAGGAUUGGGUCUGUCCUUUCCUGUCCGAAGCCGCAGUAACACCAGGUUGUUGGUAAGACACUCCCCGUGGUGGAGGCUGGCUAGGCAUAACGCUUACCCUGAGAGCAUGUUUUUGAUGCGAAGACAAAGUAAUUGUAUACCAGAUUCGUUCCUUCAUCAAUGCUGUAAAAUGUAA